GCUAUCUGCAGCUAUCUAGUCUCCUUGACUCAGGCCAAACACCUCGAGGCUCUUGAAGAGGGAUACAACCUGCGUAGAUGCCUCUGUGCAACGGGAGCGCUCCGCUCGAUUUCUCCGAGUCCUGCGUACGCUUGACAUGGGCUGCUCUUUUCCCUGCUGUCGUCGCUGCUCUCCUCUGCUUAACAUUCGUACCUCUCCCCGCCUUCGCCAAGGAGUAUGCAUACAGCGCCUCCAACCCGUUUGCGCGAUUCAUCACCCUUCCCGAGGCUGAGGCUCUCGCCGCAGGAACGUCUUACGCACCUCAGGCUCAGGCAGACAUCACCAGCUCGGAUGCAGCCGGCGCGACAGCUCUUUCGGGAGUAGCUCUUUGGCGCACGCUGGUGCUCUCGCUGCUUGCCACCCUCGAAGCUCUCGCAUGGCUUGCCAUUGAGGCAUCCAUACUUGUAAUCCCCACUUCGCGCGACGGCGUUUACACCAGUGUCUUGAUCGGCCUCCUUGCAUCCUCAUGGGUGUACGCAGCCGUCGUGCCCGCAGCGCGUCCUCACGCGACCGUGCACUAUGACCUCUUCACACUUUACCUCGUGCACUUUGCGUGCGGCGUCAUUCUUCUCGGUGGAACCAUCUACGAACACAAGAUACGCCAUGUACCGUUGCCGCUGCCUUACGGGCUCGCAGCUAUGAUCGCCAACUUGCUUAUUGUAAUGGCGUUGCUUGUGACGGUAAUGACAAUGCCGAUGGGGAUCCCAAGUGCAGCGGUCAGACCGGAAGACAUAGGAACGAAGUUGUCGGCAGAAGAUUACACGACUCUUCUUGGUUGGGUUAGCUAUUCAUGGGUCUUCCCGCUUAUUCGAAAGGGCUCUACAACGACGUUGUACGAAGAUGAUGUGUGGGACCUCAGCCCGACAGUGCAGUCGCGUCCAGUCUUUUCCCGCUUUGAUGAUCUUUCCCAAAAGUCUUUGCUUCGCCAUCUUUGGCAAGCGAACUCGUUGGAUAUCAUCAUGGACACCAUAGGAGCUGUCACCAAGAUCACCCUCAAGUACACGUCUCCUUUCUUCCUCAAGCGGAUCCUGGAUUCCGUGGCAGAGCCGACCCCGGAGAACCACGCCCGGGCGUUCGUUUAUGCCCUUCUGGCGUUUACAUCCACGCUUCUCAGGGGCCAAGUCGAAGCACAGCAACGCUGGGUCGGCCAGCGCGCCGCGGCGCGUAUCCGUGUCGAACUCAUGGCGGCGGUAUAUAACAAGGCGCUCAAGCGCGUGGACUAUUCCGGCAUCGUCGACAAGUCAAAGCUGGAAAGGCGUAGUGCGGACGGGAACACGAAGAAAGCGGAGAAGGAAGGGGACGAGCCGACGGCGGGAGCGGACGUGGGCAAGAUUGUGAAUCUUAUGGCUGUCGAUACAAAUAGGGUUGCGGUGAUGAUGUCCAUGCUGUACAUCUUAUAUGGAGCGCCCAUCGAAAUCGUCGUCGCGAGCAUCUUCCUAUACAACAUUCUCGGCUGGUCCGCCUUCACCGGCUUCGCAGUCCUCGUCGUCGCCUGGCCGCUGAGCUCGUUCGUCGCCAAGCGGCGCGUGCGCAUCCAGAAAGGCGUCUCCGCGUCACGCGACCGGCGCAUGGGCAUCCUCAACGAGCUCCUUGGCGCCGUGAAGUUUAUCAAAUUCUUCGCGUGGGAGGAACGGUGGAUCGACAAGACGAUGCGCGCGAGGGCGGAGGAGAUUGGUUGGAUUGUGAAAGCGCGGAUCAAUUCGGUGUUCUUCUCGAUGAUCUGGACGUGUGCACCGAUUUUUGUUUCGUUUGUUUCGUUCAUGGUGUAUGUGUCGCUGGGAAAUGAGUUGACGGUGCCAGUCGCGUUCACGGCUAUUGCGUUGUUCAGCAUGAUUCGUCUUCCUAUGAACUCUCUACCUAGCUUCUUGAUUCAGUUCUUGCAGACCCUCGUUGCCAUUCGCCGCCUAGAGACGUUCCUCAAUGAAGAAGAGGUCUCCGCCCAAGUCUCUUCUCUCAAGCAAACAGAAGAGUCUCUCGCCGCUGAGAACGCCAUAGAGGGCCUCGGCAUUGAGAACGGCUCGUUCACGUGGAAUGCGGUUCCGAACAAGCCCGAGGAGGACUCGACCGACAAGAACGCUAAGAACGGCAAGAAAACGAAGCACGGAAAGGACGUAUCGAGGGGCACGGUCUCGACUAUGUACAGCCAGCCGUCUACGAGCAAUGUGGGGUCGACGACGCUCGCGGACUCUGAAUCGGCGAGGAGCGCGAGUACGAGUGGAUUCGAAGACCAUCGGUUUGAGCUUCAAGAUAUCAGCGUACGCUUUCCCGAGGGACGGUUGAGUGUUAUCACCGGGCCGACGGCGAGUGGGAAGACGGCGUUGCUCAUGGCCCUCCUCGGCGAGAUGACGCUCACCCAGGGUAAACUGCUCAUGGCGAAGAACACGCGGCGCGUCGACGGGCACGGUUACAUGCACUCGUUCUCGUACGCGGCGCAGAUGCCGUGGCUCCGGCACCAGUCGAUCAGGGAUAACAUUCUGUUUGGGUAUCCGUACGACGAGGAGCGGUAUAAUGAUGUUGUCGAGUGCUGUGCGCUCAAGCCGGAUUUGGGUAUUCUGGAGGACGGAGAUGCGACGGAGAUUGGGGCGAGGGGUGUGAGUUUGAGUGGGGGGCAGAAGGCUCGCGUUGCACUGGCGAGAGCGGUGUAUGCGCGGUCGAAGUAUGUGAUUUUGGAUGACCCGCUGAGUGCAGUUGAUAGUCACACCGCUCGCUUCCUAUACGAGAGGCUGUUGUGUGGGCCGCUGCUAGCUAAUCGUACAGUCAUCCUUGUUACCCAUCAUGUCGAGCUUGUCUUACCGGGAACUCACUACCUCGUCCGAAUGCUUGACGGUAGAAUCGAUACACAGGGCACUACCCAGGAACUCCGUGCCCAAGGUAUUCUGGAGGAGAUUGCACAAGAUUCCGCUGCUGAGCUCAAGGAAGAAGGGCCUGUCGUAGCCUCAGAAGCUCCCGCCGAUGCACCAGCUGUUGCUGCGGCCGAAGACGAGCAAAAUCCUGAUGAAGCUAACAGGAAGCCAAGAAAACUCAUCAAGGAAGAACAUCGCGAGGAAGGCGGCGUCAAGUGGGCGAUUUACAAGGCUUAUAUUAAGGCUUCGUCAUACUGGACCUGGAUCAUACUAUCCACUCUGAUCGUCAUUAUGCAGGUCAUCAGCGUUGCAGAGAGAUUGUGGAUCCGCGAGUGGGGUGCAGCUUACGGUACCAAUGUGUCCCAGCCCACUUCGUACGGCCAUGCAUCCAUGGCGCUGGUUGAUAAUGAGGCUGCGUACGGCGGGGUCGUGUUCUACGCACACCAGCUUAGCCAGAACAGUCCCUAUCAGGUUCACGCCCAAGUUUCUCCUGUUGAAGCACAGGCUCUUCCAGAUGCACACAUUCACCCGCUCUUCUACGUCGGAAUCUACGGUCUCAUCGGGCUCUCCUCAGCGUUCGUCCUGAUCAUCGCCGUCCUGGUACAAUACACCGGCGCGCUGCGCGCCUCGCGUCUCCUGUUCCGGCGGCUGCUCGUGGGCGUCGUGCGCGCGACGAUGCGCUGGCACGAUGUCACCCCGACGGGUCGGAUGCUCAACCGGUUCGGCAAGGACAUCGAGACGAUCGACGACAGUCUUGCGAACUCGCUCACGUCGGUGACCCAAUCGCUCGCGACGUUCGCUGCGGCCGUUAUCACGAUUGCCGUGUUCUUCCCGAUUUUCUUGCUUCCAGCUGUGGUGCUCGGAUAUGUGUACUACGUGCUUGCGCUCGGGUAUCUGAGCACGACGAGGGAUCUGAGGAGGAUGGAGAGUAAUUCGCGGAGCCCGAUUUUCUCGGGCUUUGGGGAGCUGUUGGAGGGGAUUGUUACGGUGCGCGCGUUCUCUGCCGAGGGGUGGUUCAUGGAUGGGCUGCACGCAAAGAUCGACGUCACAAUCAAGAUGUGGUACAUGUUUUGGAUGUCGAAUCGUUGGCUGAUGCUGAAUCUCGACUACCUCGGCGCCCUGGCGGUCCUGAUAACGACGCUCUUCACGCUCUCGGGCUGGGUGGACGCUGGUAUUGCCGGCAUUUGCAUCACGAGUGCGAUAACGUUUACGGAUAGUGUGUACUGGGCGUGCCGGUUCUGGAGCGGUCUUGAGCUCGAAUUAAACUCUGUGGAACGCCUUGUCGAGUAUCUCGACCUUCCCCAGGAGCCUCCUGCCAUCAUCGAGACGAGCCGUCCCCCGGCGUACUGGCCCUCGAGCACCGGAUCGUCGGAUCUCAUCUCGGUGGAGGAUCUUGUCGUCAAGUAUGCACCUGAACUGCCACCCGUGUUGCGUGGCGUUUCAUUUACUCUUAAACCGAGGGAGCGAGUCGGGCUGCUUGGGCGCACUGGUAGCGGAAAAUCGACGCUUGCCAUGAGCAUCUUGCGUUUCGUGGACCCUGCUAGCGGGCGUAUCGUCAUAGAUGGCAUCGAUAUCUCGAAGAUUGGUAUUCAUGAUCUUCGUUCGCGCAUAACGUUCAUUCCUCAGGAUGCUACCCUCUUUUCCGGGACUCUUAGAGAAAACCUAGAUCCGUUCAAUGAACACGAAGACACUGAAUGCCUCGACGUUCUCUACCGCGUCCGGAUGAUCUCAGAGAGUGCUUACCAAUCCCAACGAACAUCCCGAAUGCCCUCUCGCGCGUCGUCUUCCCAAAGCACUCCUUUCGAUGACACCGCUUCAUCCGUCGUCUCCACGUCUCCCACCGACCUAGACACCAAAACGAAGAUAUCGCUGGACACCCAGGUUUCCGCAGGCGGAACAAACUUCUCACAGGGCCAGCGACAGCUAAUCGCUAUGGCGCGUGCUUUACUGCGCAGGAGCUUGAUCAUCGUACUCGACGAGGCCACAAGUAGCAUCGACUUUGAGACGGACGCGAAGAUCCAAGCGACGAUCCGCGAGGAGUUUACGGAUUCGCUGCUGCUCACCGUGGCGCACCGCCUGCGCACGGUUAUUGACUACGACCGGCUGGUUGUGCUCGAACAAGGCGAGAUCGCCGAGUUCGACACGCCGUUGAAUUUGAUACGGAAGGAGAAUGGGAUCUUUAAAACGAUGUGUCUUAAGAGCGGGACGUUUGCCGAGCUGGAGGCGGCUGCGAAGGCGAAGGUCGAGCGAGACCAGAACGCUGGUCAGGCUUGAUGUUCCGGGCUUGUUGAUAAACCUCUCUAAUCGUUCCGACCGGACUUAUGCUAUCUUCCUUUAUGUGUAUGUGUCUUGGUUGAUUAGUUUGUAUGCGUUUAACGGCAGUACACGGGAAAC